AUGACUCGGAGUCUAGAUGAGAUGAAGCAGAUGGUUCAAUCGGCGCAGAUGCAUCCCUUAGAAGCAACAGCAACCACCCGAACCAUCAACACCUUUCUUGCUCACGCUCGCAGCACUGGGAAUUCAGACUUGAAUGCUUCAAAUCUCUCGUCCCAUCUAGGUCACAUGUCCAGCAGGGUGCAGAAACUUCGUGCACUUGUGAGCGAGACCACAUCGCGCAAGCUGACUUCAUCUCAGUAUACGGCGGUGAAUGUGGCUGAAUACGUGAAGUCUAUGACUGAAGUCAUGAGGUCCAAAGCACACACACUUGGGGUCUUUCAUCACAGAGCCGUGAAAAGCAAGGAGAAGCAUCAUUGGUUGCACAAACAUGCAGCUGAGAAAAGCGCAGAGGAUAUCUUAGCAGAGGCCCAGGAGGAUUCCAUCAUGCUUUCCCUUAGCAGCAUCGACAAGACAUGGUGGCAAUUGAGGGCAACAUUUGAUCUUUAUUUUGCUGACACGGAGGAUUACUUGGGGGUAUUCAAAAAUGCUCUUGUGGCUUUGGACGGCUACACUGAAAGGUGCUCCAUGUCCUUCCUGGAUUUGAAGUCUGCAUACGCCACCUUCGCUAGGGCAGAUGCAAAGGUUCAUCAGACCUUGCAAGGGGUGUUGGACACGGAGAUUUUGAAGAGAUUCGCCAGGCUUGACCUCGCCACGUUCAACGCCACAGCGAAGCUGGAUGGCAGUCCAUUGAAGACAUUAUGCGCAAGGCCUGAUGCCAAAGGUUCAGGACAGGGGGGGCGCGAACGUGUUUGGUAG